AUGGAAAUUAACAUUGUAAGUAACGUUUUCAACCUGUACGAGAAGGCCGCGCCGAAGAAAAAAUGGCCACUUCUGUUAACGGUUAUCACUCUGCUGGCCACGGCAUCAGGUCGUGUAAAUGCCUCCUCAUUUAAUUCCACAAAAGAAUCAGUAAUAAACGAACAUAAUAAUUUUAAUGGUCCCGAAGAUGAAUUCAAUUACCCCGAUGACGAUCCAUAUGAAGACAGGAGCUUAAGGUUUGGUGGAUCUAGGGUGAAAUUUGAAUAUCUGGAUGAACUGAACAACUCCUUUUUUACGGAGAAUAUCAAGAAAAUUAGUAUGCUUCAAUUUCCCGCGAAUAAACCCAUACAGGACAGAUGCUUUGUGCACGAAAUAGAUAUGACUAAUGAAUUCUUAGAACCCAUUGGUAGUUACCAAAGGAUAAAACAUAGUGAGGACAAAUAUUUUAUUAAAGCCUUCGAAAAAAGCGCAAUUAAAUAUGUUAACACAAUUGAUCACCUCACCGGUGGUAAUUACAAUGGACAUAUGAGCAACACGGCCCUCGAAAGAGGCAAAGGAAAAAGCACAAAGAAGGGAGUACAUAGGGAAGGGUUUGCUGGUCCUUCCGUCUUAGGACCAAGGCCACCCUGGGAUUCAACAGAGCUAAAGCCUACUCCGGUAGGUGGAUCCCUAGUGGGAUCAUCAUCCACGGGAUCAUCACCCACAUGGUCAUCAUCCACGGGAUCAUCACCCACAUGGUCAUCAUCCACGGGAUCAUCACCCACAUGGUCAUCAUCCACGGGAUCGUCACCCACAUGGUCAUCAUCCACAUGGUCAUCAUCAACGGGAUCAUCAUCCACGGGAUCAUCGCCCACAUGGUCAUCAUCCACGGGAUCAUCGCCCACAUGGUCAUCAUCCACGGGAUCAUCGCCCACAUGGUCAUCAUCCACGGGAUCGUCAUCCGCAGGGUCAUCAUCCAUGGGAUCAUCGCCCACAUGGUCAUCAUCCACAGGGUCGUCAUCCACAGGGUCAUCAUCCACAGGGUCAUCAUCCAUGGGAUCGUCAUCUACAGGGUCAUCUGUAGAAAUGUCUAACCCAGAUAAUGGCUCGACCACAUCUGGGUCCUCGAUACAAGCACCCUCGACCACUAAGUCGCCUCAGGCUUUUGUGCAAACGAAGGCAACCGGAAAAACUACAGAACCAACAACCGAUCCGAUGAAUAUGGAUUCUGGAGAGGGCGCAACAGAGGAAGCAGCAGAAAAUGUGCCAGACAAAGAAACACCCAAUGCGGCAGACAACGCCACCGAGAACACCUCCGACAAAGUCGUCGAAAAUGUGGAACCUGUAGGAGGCGAUGCAUCGGUGAAAAGUAUGGAAGAAGGAUCUGCGGAAAGUGCAAAAGCACCAGUUGCCGAAAAUGCAGAAUCUACCGCAACAGAGGCAACCCCGUCAACCUCAGAAUCUAUGGCAACAGAGGCAUCCCCGUCAACCUCAACACCUGCCGCAACAGAGGCAACCCCUUCAACCUCAGCAUCUACCGCAACAGAGGCAAUCCCUUCAACCUCAGCAUCUACCGCAACAGAGGCAACCCCUUCAACCUCAGCAUCUACCGCAACAGAGGCAACCCCUUCAACCUCAGCAUCUACCGCAACAGAGGCAACCCCUUCAACCUCAGCAUCUACCGCAACAGAGGCAACCCCUUCAACCUCAGCAUCUACCGCAACAGAGGCAACCCCUUCAACCUCAGCAUCUACCGCAACAGAGGCAACCCCUUCAACCUCAGCAUCUACCGCAACAGAGGCAACCCCUUCAACCUCAGCAUCUACCGCAACAGAGGCAACCCCUUCAACCUCAACAUCUGCUAAUGAGGGAGCCCAAACAGGUGAAGGUAGUAGCACACAAGGUCCAUCAAUAAUGAAACCGAGCGAUUACCUAAACGAACAAGAAAUAUCGAGCAAGGCAUUCGAGAGGUAUAGCCAAUAUUAUGACGAAAUGAGAACCUUUAAUGAAUCAUUCCUCUUCGCUGCAGUGAUAGAUGGUCAUGGAGGAGAAGUGAUUGCAGACAUAGUCAAGAGGUGGCUAGGAUUCUACGUGAAGAAACAAUUGAUGGAAAAGUUAAGAAGUAAUGAUUACCAGAUUUUACCCCCAAGUGAUAUAGUACAAAGUCUGGAAGAAGCCCACAUUCAGCUAGACAAUGAUAUUUUAAGGAAAGCAAAGGAAUAUUUCUUUAAGGGAGAUGUCAAAUACACAAGAGUCGGUUCUUGUUCAAUCAGUGUCCUCAUGGAUAAGAACUAUUUCUAUGUUAGCAACCUAGGAGAUUCAAAAGGAUUACUAAUAAAGAAAGAUUCCGUUGUUAGGUUAAAUAAUAUACAGAAUGCCAGUGAAAUAGCAGAAAGAAUGAGAUUAGUUCAGGAGCAUCCAGACGAAGAUGAUGUGGUUAUGUGUAAAAGAUCAGUGAAAUAUGGAAAUAAAAGAAUCACUGAAAUUUCUAACUUAACUCCACAAAGUGCACAUUUUCAAGUGUAUAAUGUUGGACGAUGUUAUGUGAAAGGAAGAUUACAAUGCACAAGGAGUUUUGGAGAUUUUUACUUGAAGCAGAAACUUUUUUCAUUCGAUUACAGGAAAAAUAGAUUCCUCGUUAAGGAGCCACACUCCUUUCCUUACAUUUCUGCCAUUCCCGAAGUACUUAAAAUAAGGAGAACUGAGGAUGAUGAAUUUCUCGUGUUGUUAUCUGAUGGUAUUUCGGAUCACUUAAGUGAGAGGGAAAUAUACGACAUCGUGAAAGACUACAGUUUCUCUGUGAAUAAGAUAUCGCAGAUUCUGAUUCAGACCGUUUUAGCCAAGGCCGCCCUGCACGAGCGCAUGACCCCCAGGGAAUUGUUGAUGUUCGUUCCCCUCGAGAAGAGAAGGAAGUUCUUCGACGAUAUGUCGGUGGUUAUCAUUAAGUUGAAGUGA